AUGCUAGCUGUGGCAGAUGGCAACGGAUCCUAUGGCAGCAGCUGUAGAAUGAGUAAUAAUAUCAAUUUUAAUAAAAAUCCGGACUCUUCUGUCUCUAUAUCGAAGAUGGACGUGAUCAUUCCAUUCUCACCAGACGUACCCUGUGACAACAAUGGUCAGCGCAUGUGGUGGGCUUUCCUCGCCUCAUCCAUGGUGACGUUCUUCGGGGGUCUCUUCAUCAUCCUCCUGUGGAGGACCCUCAAGUACCUGUGGACUGUCUGCUGCCACUGCAACAUCAAAACCAAGGAGGCACAGAAGGUGAAUAAUCCUAUGAACAGUCAGGCUGAUGGCCCACCGAAGAUCCUGAAUGAUAAAGAUGAGGCCCCAGCCAGUGAGGUGGGCUGGAUGACUUCCGUCAAAGACUGGGCGGGGGUCAUGAUCUCAGCACAGACCCUUACCGGCAGAGUUCUGGUGGUGUUGGUCUUUGCACUCAGCAUCGGAGCUCUGGGAAUAUACUUCAUAGAUUCUUCGGAUCCUAUAGAAUCCUGUCAGAAUUUCUACAAAGACUUCACGUUACAAAUUGACAUGGCAUUCAAUGUGUUCUUCUUACUCUACUUUGGCCUGCGUUUCAUAGCAGCCAAUGAUAAGCUGUGGUUCUGGUUGGAGGUGAACUCAGUGGUGGACUUCUUCACCGUACCGCCCGUGUUUGUGUCAGUUUAUCUGAACAGGAGCUGGCUCGGUCUGAGGUUUCUAAGAGCCUUGAGAUUGAUACAAUUCUCAGAAAUUUUACAGUUUUUGAAUAUCUUAAAGACAAGUAAUUCCAUCAAGCUGGUGAACCUGUGUUCCAUCUUCAUAAGCACAUGGCUCACUGCUGCAGGAUUCAUUCAUCUGGUGGAAAACUCAGGGGAUCCGUGGGAAAACUUUCAAAACUCUCAACCGCUCUCAUAUUGGGAAUGUGUGUACUUAUUAAUGGUCACUAUGUCCACUGUGGGAUAUGGAGACGUCUAUGCAAGAACCACUCUUGGACGCCUUUUCAUGGUCUUCUUCAUUCUUGGUGGUCUGGCCAUGUUUGCCAGCUACGUCCCUGAAAUCAUAGAGUUAAUAGGAAACCGCAAGAAAUAUGGUGGUUCCUAUAGUGCGGUAAAUGGCAGAAAGCAUAUUGUGGUCUGUGGUCAUAUCACGCUCGAAAGUGUUUCCAACUUCCUUAAAGACUUCCUACACAAGGACAGGGAUGAUGUCAAUGUAGAAAUUGUUUUUCUUCAUAAUAUUUCCCCUAAUCUUGAGCUGGAAGCCUUGUUCAAACGUCACUUCACUCAGGUGGAAUUCUAUCAAGGAUCUGUCCUCAACCCACAUGAUCUAGCAAGAGUGAAGAUUGAGUCAGCUGAUGCCUGCUUGAUUCUUGCAAACAAAUACUGUGGAGACCCCGAUGCUGAAGAUGCCUCUAAUAUCAUGAGAUGUAUUGAAAGCUGAUGUCUUUCACCCUCCUGUGCUGUUAAAGAAAGGUGUGAAUGGGAUACUCGGCAUCUCAGGUCAGAUUCGCACUUGUUAUAUACCUGGACACAGAUGAAAAGAGCCAGAAGGAAUUUCCUUUGGGAUGGAGUCAACUAAUAUUGCUCUGAAAGAGUGUGCGAAAGGAGGGCAAACAUAUUUCACUUCCUCCUUUCAUGCUGAAGAUGUUCUUUAGCCAUGAGUAACGCACCCAGUCUGGCCUGUUUGGAAAAUGAAAUAUUAAUUUAAGCAGGUCUUGGAAUGCUCUUUUGAACUAAUGUGUUAUAGAGCAGCUUAAUAUGGAAAUAAAUUCUGCACCUCUCUUACGAGACUGGAGAGAAAUCCAGACUGGAUUUCACAGGAAAGUCACACUGUUCUGCCACAUAUCACAGGCUUCUCUAUAGAUAUGAAAGAUGAAUUGGUUUUUUAUUCAUUCAGCAGAUGCUUGUUUUUAAUCCAAAGUGACUUACGAUGGAGGUUAAAGGUGCACUCAAUGCAUUUUUGUUUACAUGAGGGAGCGACCUGCUCCAUGCAGAAUAAAACAUAUUUUACUAGAAGAUUAAUGUCUUUUCUCAUGUGAGUGUAAAUUAUGUUGAUGAUAUUUCUCGAAAGUGCUGUUCAUAUACUACCGUUCAAAAGUUUUAGGUUAGUAAGUUUUUAUUUUUAAGAUAUAUAUCAAACAAAUGCUGUUCUUUGAACCUUCUAAUUAUCAGAGUCCUAAAAAAAUUUACCAGUGCUUCCACAAAAAUAUAAAGCACAGCUUUUUUUCAACAUUGAUAAUGUUGUCAACAUUGAUGUUUCUUGAGAACUAAAUCAGCAUAUUAGAUUGAUUUCUGAAGGAUCAUGUGACUCUGAAGCUGAAUUCAGCUUUGCACAACAAGAAUAACUUACACUUUAAAAUAUAUUAAAAGAGAAAAGUUGUAGUAAAGUUGUAAAUUGUAAUAACAUUUCAUAAUAUUGCUGUUUUGAUUGUAUUACAUCAAAUAAAACAGCCUUAGUGAGUCAUCUUUUAAGAGAGACUUCUUUGAAAAACAAAUUAAGAAAAAAAAAAGUCUUACUGACCUGAAACUUUUGAAUGGUUGUAUAUCUUAAAAAUUAUUGAAUGCACCUUUAAUCAAAAUUCUUACCUCUAGACCAAAAAACCAAGUAGAAAAUUUUUGGUCUUAUUUUGCAUGAUUUAUUUGGGAAAAAAAAAAUUACCCUAGAAAUGUAUUGAGGGUGAACUUGCGCACCAGUCAAAAUGCAUUCUCAAAUUUCUGAUAAAUAAAAUCAUGUUCCAUCUUGCAUAUAUUUUCCCUGAAUAUUCUAUUCCCCCUUGCUGCAAAAAUGCUGUUUCAUGUUGACUUCUGUCCUUUUUUUUUUUUUUUUUUUUUUUUU